AUGACCGACGUGCCCUCCCAGCUGUCCAGCCGCAGGCCCGGGCCCCCAGAGCCCCCAGGCUCAGGGCAGGGGCCUCUGGGGCCGGAGGACCCUCUCCUGGCCCAGCCCCGCCCGCAGCUGAGCCUGGGCCCACCUUCCCCUCCUCCGGCUGGGCCAGCGGUCCGCCCGCCCCGCCUGCAGAGCCCCAGCCUCCCCAGAAACUCCAAGAGCGGGCGGGGAGGGGGGCCCUGGGUCCGCACCUGCGACCCCACCGCCCGGGGAACCGGGCGGGCUCCGCCGCGCCGCCUAGCGGCCGUGGCCGGCACUGCGCCCGCCGGCCCCCUCCCGGCCGUCCUCGGGGCCCAUGCGCCGGCCCGGGGUGGAGGGGGUGGGCGCCGGCGAGGGCAGCGGCAGGCGGAGGCGGGGCCCAAGGCCACGCGCUCCUCUGCGCGGUGCCGCCCGCCUUCCCCUCAGCGCCCCGACUACAGGGACACGGACCCCCAGCCCGCCCCCCCCGCCCCCCACCGCGCGCCGGCAGCUCCGCCGCCUCCCGGCCGCGCCCCCGCCCGGGCCCGAGCGCGCCGGGGCCUGUCGAGGCCGCUGGCCGGGCAGCGCCGGGGCGGGCCUGCGGCGGGCGCGGGAUUCGGGCAGCGCGGCCCGGAGGGGGCUCCAGGCAGCCCCGGGCGAGCCCGGGCGGGCAGGGCGGAGGCGCGGCUCGUGCGGGCGUCCUGGGCCCCCGCGCGGACGCGCGCCGGGGGGAGGGGGGGGCCGCGACCUGGUUCCCGGGCAGGACCCCCAUCCCGGGCUCAGACGGCGGUCGCCGCCGUCCCUUUGAUUUGCGCAACGCUCUGCGAGGUAGGUACCCGCGUUCCGGAUGCGAAAAUCGAGGCACAGCUGGGAUUCGCGCCCAAGACCCAGACGCCGCCCCCAACUCACGUGGAGGCCUGGGGGCCUCCCCCGCCCCCUCGGGAAUCCAGCUUUCCGCGCCAAACCGCCGAGGGGGCCGAGGGGGCCGAGGGGGCCGAGGAGGUGGCGGAGCCGAGCGCGCUGACACACGCGCCUGGAAUUCCCGGGGCAGCCGGCGGCCUCGGCGACCCCUCCGCCCUGGGCCGGCCCCAGCCCGCGGGGGCGAGAGGAGGCCGGCUCCCCGACGGGGCGGGGCGCGCCCGGACCUCCUCCUCGCGGAGCCGCCCCGCCGGGUUCCUCCAGGUGCUGCAGCCCGGCCGCCACCUUGUCCCUCCUGCCUGCGGCCAUCACAGCCUGCCGGCUCUGACCAGAGAGGUGGCAUGGUGCCCGCGGCCUGACCCCAGGCCGGGCGCCGAGGCCAGCGAGGAGCCCGGGUGGACUGGGAGCCUCACCAUCCACUUCCCGUUCCACACGUGCUGGCAGCUGCUCGGGGACAGGCUGCCACCUCAGCAGGCCAGUGGCCUCGCACCCACGGGGCGGGAGUCUGGAGGGCAGUUCAGCUCUAGUCCAACCAUCCGGGAACAGACCCUUCCGGGAGCUUCUGGGGCUGCAGCCGGCACAGGCGAGGCCGCCUUCCUGCCAGCAAGCAAGUCGCCGCAGGCUGAGGGCGAACAAGAGAUGCAGGCCCCCCCGCUGCCUCGCCCUGUGGAGCCCACGGGGGCCCCGCGGAGGCCCUCGAGGGAGGGCGGAGGGGUGAAGGCCACGGCCGGGGCCGCCAGAGCCAAGGAGAAGGGAGUCAAGGAGGGCUCCACGGAGGAAGGGGGGGGGCGCUCGGCCUCGAAGCCACGCGCCUGGCUCGCGGGGAACCUUCUGCGCCGGUCACUCUCCUGCCCACCGGAUGUGUGCACACCCACCCCACCGGGUCAGACCCGGCCCGGCCAGGGACUGCCGGAGACCUGCGUGCCCUUUCCCAACCGGGCGCCGCCCUCUGGGGACACGGAGAGGGGCAGGGCCAGGCCAGGUCCUCAGGGUCUGCACGGGGGGGCUGAGGAGGAGGAGGCAUCCUGCGACCCCAGCAGCCAGGGACGCUUCCUGGAGGUGGGGGCACGGCAUGGUCCCUCAGGUGCAGGAACGCAUUCCUCCCAAGGUGAAAAGAUGGAGCGCGGCGGGGCCCGCGGGGAGUCCGGAGACUUCCGCGAGGCCGCGCACCGCAUCCCAGCGCCGCGGCAGGGCAGGGCCAGGGCCGCGGAUGCCUGUGCUCCCGUCGGGCACGUGGCCGGCGCGGAGGAGGGGCGGGGAGACGGGCUCCCGACCCCCCAGCAUCUGGCCGGACGGGGCGGCGCGGGCGGCGGCACAAGGCGCCCGAGCGCACGGCGUCCCCGAGCGUGUCGCGGCGGGCCCGGCACCCGGCCGCGCUCCAGCGCCCGCCUCGGCCCGCGCCCGGCCCCGCGCGCGCAUUCCUGGCGAGGCCGGGCGCCACCGGCGGGAGGGCGGAGGGCACCCCCGGGAAGAGCCCUGCCUCCACGCCUCCGCGCUAUCGACAGUCAGCUGCUGGGCGCCCAUGUCCUGCUGUGGGCUGGGCCAGAACGCCCGCCGCAGCCAGGGAGGGGACCCUGCUCGCUGUCCCCAGCCGAGACUCCUUCUGAGAGCCAGCGGUGCUGCCAGCUGGCCUCAGGACCCUCGCUGUUGCCCCCACCUCCUUCAGAGGCGCCCCUCCCCUGGCUGCUCAGGGGGCCCCAAACCUCUUCACAUCUCACCCCUGAGCCCGAGUUGGACCCUGUGUCCCCAGCUGUGGCAGGGAAAGCCCUCACCAAGGGUCUCCUCGGGGCUGGGACCUACACCCCAGAGAGUUAUAUACCCACCCCAGGGACCAGCGAUUCCCCUCUUAGUCGCCUCUACAAGAGAAAUGGAGACGUACGACCGCAGGCAGCCUGUGUGAGGAUGGUGACAGCAGCUCUACGCGUCGCCGCCAAGAUCUGCGAAGAGUCUACGCGCUCAUCCUCAGGAGAACUGGAACCAGGGAUCGUGGAGAAGCGGCUCGACGACUGGGUUGGCCGGGAAAAGUGGAAGACGGGCCUGGAACACGGAAGUGCUCGGGGGUUGAGGGGGUGGGUCUGA